AGGUAAUUGAAACCAACCUUAAGCUUUUCUUAUCUCCGCCUUAAAGGUAGCCCCGAUUAUUGUUGACUUAAGCAUCGAAGUGUCUACCCCGAGUUCCACCUCGGGGCUUUGCAGGUCAUCUUGAAGUGCAAGUGCGGACUGAAGAAGGACUUCUGGUUUGGUGCAAUUACAUUGGCGCCGUCUGUGGGAAACGAACUGAAAGCUCUCUAGUUGCUCUUCCGUCAUGGUUCACACUCGAUCAAUCCGAGCUGGUAAUUCAUCUCUGCCUCAUGGGCAAGGUCAACCCCCCAACAACCUUCCACCUCUGAUCCCACCUCAAAUCCAACCUCAGCUUCCACCUCAGGUCCCAACUAUAUUCCCUCCUGUUGAUCAUGCAGAAGGAGGAGAUGAAAACCAACCCCAUACCUCAGCUCACAAUUCAACUUCCACUGCCAACCAAGACGCAGUGACAGCUCAGCUUGCUGCCAUGCAGCAGCAGUUUGGUGUUUUUCAAUUGGUACUGGCCCAGCUUUUAGCUAGAAAUAAUCCUGAUGAUGUUACUCGUCGCCUUGAUAGCUUAGAAAAGCUGGUAGCUGAACACCGAGGUGCUCCACCCCCACACCAUGCUGCCGAUUCCAUACCUCACCCCUUGAAUACCAAUAUCACAUUGGAACCCUAUCCUAUUGGCUUCAAAAUACCACAACUGGAGACUUAUGAUGGGACGAAGGAUCCCGAUGAUCACCUGCAUGCUUUUUACUCUUGCAUGCAAGCACAGAAUGCCUCUGACGCGUUAAUGUGCAAGAUCUUCCCCUCUACUCUGCGAGGUAAUGCCCGAACUUGGUAUUAUAGUUUACCUCCGAGGUCAAUUAGUUCUUACACAGAAAUGGCAUCUGCCUUUGCCACUAAGUUUUCCAGUAGAAAAUUGAUUAGGAAAACUACUACCAAAUUGAUGCGCGUUAAACAGAGGGAUGGAGAGUCUCUAAAGAACUACAUGAGCAGGUUCAAUGAUGCGGUGUUGGAGGUUAGUUCAUUUGACCAAGCUGUGGGCAUUGCAGCUGUAAUCUCUGGUCUCAAACAUGACAGGUUCCGAGACAGUUUGAUCAAACAUGCUACCACCACCUUUAGCGAGAACCCAGAGUGGAGAGAUGAGAACCCGAGCCGAAAAAGGAUGAGAAUGGCGCAGAACCGAGGUCCAGUGUUGACCUCCCCGCCGAGAUUCAGAAGGACGAACUCCACGCCCUCACAACAAUCUGCAAGUAAACCUCCAGUUAAUUGGACUCCAUUUAAUUUGCCGAGGUCGCAAAUUUUUAUGCAGGUUAAGAACAAAAUGGACUUGAGACAUCCUGGCCCAAUGCGAACUGCUACUGCUAGUCGAGACCAUACCAGAUAUUGUGAUUUCCACCAGGGUCACGGCCAUACUACAGAGCAGUGUAACAGCUUAAAGUCCGAACUGGAAAGUUUAGCUCAGAAGGGAAUGCUGAAUGAACAAGGUGUGGGAUACCAGCAAGCCCCACCUCCGCUCCCACCACCGGCUAGAAUCAUACACAUGAUUACCGGAGGCCUUGAAGCAGGAGGAUUGAGUUCUAAGCAGCGAAAGCUGUAUGUCAGAGAGGUUAAGCAUCAGAACCGAGCUCAGAAGCGAAAGAUUGACGAUGCUGAAUGGAAGAAUCAACCCAUUACUUUCACAUCUGCUGACCUCGACACAGUUGUUACACCCCACAAUGAUCCUCUGGUCACUUCUGUCAUGAUCAAUAACUGUGAAGUACAGCGUGUCCUUGUUGACACCGAGAGUGCACCAGACAUUAUGUAUUUCCACUGUUUCAAGAGUCUAAGGCUAGAUCCAUCAUUGUUGCAGAAGUAUGAUGGUCCUAUCUAUGGUUUCAACAACCAACCUGUUCCGGUAGAAGGAGUUCUUACCCUCCAUGUGGCUUUUGGGAGUGGCCGGACCUAUGUAACCCCUUCAGUCCGGUUCCUCGUCGUCAAGAUGGCCUCCUCUUUCAACAUUGUUAUUGGCCGACCCACAUUGACCGAAAUCCGAGCUGUGGUUUCCCAAUCCCACCUCUGCAUGAAAUUCCCCACUCCUAUGGGAAUAGCAACACUGCGAGGAAACCAGGAGGUGGCUAGACAUUGUUAUAUCACCUCGGUAACACAACCCAUGAAGGGCAAAGCUCAGACACCCGAGGCCAUUCCUCAGCGAAUUCCUGAUAAUCAGCAGGUUAUGGGUGUAGAGAUCGUCGAUAAUCGACCAGAAGAUGAAACCAGAGCUGCUCCGGUUGAAGAUGUUGAAGAAGUGCUCGUUGAUGACAGAGAUUCGAGCCGAAAGACGCAGAUCAGAACUAGAUUGAACCCAGACGAGAGAGCAAAGCUAAUAGCCUUUCUUCGAGCUAAUAAUGAUGUAUUCGCAUGGACUUCGGCAGAUAUGCCAGGAAUUCCAAAUUCAGCUGGUUUUGUCAGGAAAGUCAAUUACUGUGAAUGGGUGGCUAACCCAGUUCUGGUAAAGAAGGAAAAUGGCAAAUGGCGAAUGUGUAUUGAUUACACAAAUCUUAACAACGCCUGCCCUAAGGAUUGUUAUCAAAUGCCGAGCAUUGACAAACUAGUUGAAGCGGCUUCAGGCAAUGAGAGGUUAAGCCUCUUGGACGCAUAUUCGGGGUAUCACCAGGUGCCAAUGGCUCCAGAAGACGAAGAGAAAACUGCGUUCUAUGCUGGCGAUGAAAUUUAUUGUUACGUCAUGAUGCCGUUUGGCUUAAAGAAUGCGACUGAGAAAGCAGCAUUAGCAGUCGUCACUUCGGCCAGGAAGUUGAGGCCAUAUUUCCAGUCACACCCAAUUAUAGUUCUCACCGAUCAACCUCUCAGGCAGAUUCUACAGAAACCAGAAUGCUCUAGAAGAUUAAUUAAGUGGGCAGUAGAACUGGGAGAGUUUGAGAUAACAUUCCAGCAGAGAUCGGCCAUCCGAGCUCAAGCAUUAGCAGAUUUUAUUGUCGAAUGCACUCCAUGUCCUUCAACCUCUAAUCCAGAGCCCAACGACUGGACUCUAUAUGUUGACGGAGCAUCUAGUAGCAAGGGUUCAGGGGCUGGUGCUCUCUUGAUUGGUCCAAAGGGAUACCGAAGCGAACAUGCCCUGAAGUUCAAUUUCGAUGCAACAAACAACAUGGCUGAAUAUGAAGCUUUACUACUUGGUCUACAGCUCGCACUAGAGUUGAAAAUCAGUGCAAUUCAAGUAUAUAGUGACUCUCAGCUGGUGGUGAACCAAAUCAACUCCAUUUGCGAAGUCGUUGAUCCUGUAAUGGUAAAGUAUGUAGCUUUAGUGGCCGAGCUGAAGUGCAAAUUUCAGAAAUUCUGUCUAAGCAAAAUCCCCCGAACUGAGAAUGAACAGGCAGAUUCACUCUCUAAAUUCGCCUCUGAUAGUUCUUCAUGUUCCAGAUCAGUUUUUGUGGAGGUCUUAGAUGAACCAAGCUUCAUAAAGCCACGGGUGAUGGAGAUCAGCCCCGACCCAGCCACACCAAGCUGGACUGACCCAAUCCUCUUUUUCUUACGAGACGGGACAGUGCCUGAGGACAGGCAGGAGGCAAUGAAGUUGAGGAGGAAAGCAUCUCGGUAUACACUUGUUGAUGGGGUCCUCUAUAAGCGAUCUUUCUCUCUACCUCUUUUACGGUGCUUGAAUCCCUAUGAAGCAGAAUAUGCACUCAGGGAGGUGCAUGAAGGUGUCUGCGGAAGUCAUGUGGGUGCUCGAACUUUGGCUCAUAAAGUCCUUAGACAGGGUUAUUAUUGGCCCAACAUGUACAAAGAUGCCACUCACUUUGUUCAGAAAUGUCCGAGGUGCCAAUUCUUUGCACAUCUGACCCACCAACCUGCAGAAGAACUCACGACCUUGGUAGCACCAUGGCCAUUUGCACAGUGGGGACUAGAUCUUUUGGGUCCAUUUGUGAAAGGGGUUGGUGGUGUAACCCAUCUGAUUGUUGGUGUGGAUUAUUUCACGAAAUACGGGAUCCCAAAUCAGAUUGUGGCUGAUAAUGGAACUCAAUUCAAUUGCUCCUCAUUUCGAGAUUUCUGCUCCAGUUAUGGGAUCAAGUUACAGUUCACCUCCGUUUACCAUCCGGAGUCCAAUGGCAUGGUUGAAUCUGUUAAUAAAUGCAUUUUGGAAGGUAUAAGGCCGAGAUUGGAGCAGCAUAAGGCCAAGUGGGCAGACGAGCUCAACAACGUCCUCUGGGCAUACAGAACCACGAGUCGAACUGCCACAGGUGAAACACCCUACCACCUGGCCUUUGGUACCGAAGCAGUCAUUCCUGUUGAGAUAGGAGUCCUAAGCUUCCGGGUCACCCAUUUCGAUGAAGAACGAAAUGGACAACUGCUUGGGGAAAACCUUGAUCUGCUUGCCGAAGUCAGAGAAGAAGCUCGGCUUCGAACUCUUGUAUACAAGCAGAAGCUAGCCAACUUCUACAAUAAACGGGUCCGCCCUCGCACAUUCAAAAUAGGAGACCUUGUUCUCAGGAAAGCUGGCCUAACAGGGUUUGAAACUCGUUUUGGCAAACUUGCCCCAAAUUGGGAAGGUCCUUAUGCCGUGGCCGAAGUGCCACAUCCUGGUGCCUAUAUUCUCCAAGACGCUGAAGGAAAAAGAGUUCCUAGAGUCUGGAAUGUUAAUAACUUGAAAAAAUUUUACCCCUAGUGGAAUUCUUUCAAGAGAUCUGUCUUACAGUUCUUAUUUCAUGAUUGUCGAGAUUCAUUUUACCUCUUACUCUAUGUAUCCGAGGUGAAUCAGUACUUAAAUCUCACUUCUGAUUAAUAAAAGUUACUUCACAUG